AUGGAAAGAAACUGGACCCAGUUAGCUGAAUUUUUUCUUCAAGGAAUAACAGAUCGUCCAGAGAUACAAGUCCCUCUAUUCCUGGUGUUCUUUUCCAUCUAUGUCAUCACCAUGGUGGGCAAUCUUGGCUUAAUUUUUCUUGUCUUGAAGGAUCCCCAUCUUCAUACUCCCAUGUACCUUUUCCUUGGAAGUUUAGCCUUUGCUGAUGCCUGUUCUUCAACCGCUGUGACUCCAAAAAUGCUUAUGAAAUUUUUAAAUAAGAAUGACAUGAUAUCACUGGGUGAGUGUUUUUCCCAAUUUUAUUUUUUUUGUUCAAGUGCGACUGCGGAAUGUUUCCUACUGGUAGUGAUGGCCUAUGACCGCUAUGUAGCCAUAUGCAACCCUCUGCACUAUGCAGUUGUAAUGUCCAAAAGACUCUGUGUUCAGUUCAUAACUGUAUCGUAUCUAAUUGGACUUCUACUUGCCUCGAUUCAUGUAGCAUUAUUGUUUAGGUUAACGUUUUGCAAUUCCACUGUAAUAGAUCAUUUCUUCUGUGAUCUCAUACCACUCUAUACAAUUUCUUGCACUGACCCAUUUAUUAAUGCCUUGGUCCUUUUCAUUUUUGCUGUUUUUGUAGAAGUGAGUACUUUUAUGAGCAUUAUAGUUUCUUAUAUCCAUGUGCUUUUUGCCAUCCUGAAAACAAAGUCUAAGAAGGGCAGAAGCAAAGCCUUCUCCACCUGCAGUGCCCAUCUGGUGUCUGUCUCUUUGUUCUAUGGCACCAUCUUUGUAAUAUAUGUGAUAUCUGUAUCAGACACAGAAAAUUAUCAAGGUAAACUGUAUUCAUUAUUCUACACUGUUAUCAUUCCUCUACUGAACCCCUUUAUUUACAGCCUAAGAAAUAAAGAAGUUUUAGGUGCAUUGAGAAAACUCAGAAAAUAA